GGUUUGUUUCAGAAGGGAAGAAGACCACAUUCUAUUGAAAAAUACGAACAAUAAUAAAAGAAGAAGAAGAAGAAGAAGAAGAAGAAGAAGAAAAGAAACGAACAUGGAAGGUGAAGAAGAGGGAGGAGGGAUAAGGCUGAGCAAGAGAUUUUCGGACAAAGGAGGAGGGGAGGUUGAUUACAAGACCAAGUCAGGUACGGCCUGGAGCCACUCCUACCUCAACCAGAAGCCAUGGCACCCUCUCUCUUACCCCAACCAACGCCGCAAGUGGAUCGCAGAGCAGAUCCAGGCCCAGCACCAGCGUCGCACCGAGGAGGUCUCCCGCGAGUAUGCCCAAGAGCAGGAAUUCUUUCGCCAGGCCGCUCUCGUCUCCAAGAAAGACAAGGAAAAGAUUGAGAUGAUGAAAGCUGUUAGCUUUAUGUAUGUUCGUCCACCUGGUUACAACGCCGAGAGUGCCAAAGCUGCAGAGAUUGCUGAUGAGAGUGUAAGAGAGCACCAUAAUAACCCCUCCUUUGAAGACCCACAAACACAAACGCAAACAGAUGCCCCUUCCACUUCAAGGCCACGGCCACCAGAGUGUAUGCCUCCUAGUGGCGAAGAAGCCAAAAAACCAAGACCCAAAGACGUGUUUGGCCGUCCUUUACCAACGGAACAAGAAUUUGAAAUUUUGAAAAAUGCUCCAAGGAUGGAGACUGGUGUCCCUACGAGGGCAAAGCCAUUUGGAGUUGAAGUGCGCAAUGUGAAGUGCGUAAGGUGUGGAGCAUUUGGUCACCAAAGUGGUGAUCGUGAAUGUCCGUUGAAGGAUGCUAUAAUGCCUAAUGAGGAGAGCCGAUUGAAAAGGGAUGACCCUUUGACUGCUAUUCUUGCCCACACAGAUCCUAGUGAGCCUCUAAAGUGGGAGCUCAAGCAAAAACCAGGAAUUAGUCCUCCACGUGGAGGGUUUAAACCAGAUGACCCCAACCAACAAAUAGUUGCUGAGGACAUAUUUGACGAGUAUGGAGGCUUCCUCAGUGGGGAUGUCAUCCCUGAGCUACUGACCAACUUCCCAAGCCAACCCAGGGACAAGUCCAAAAAGAAGACCAAGCACAAAAAAAAGCAGUCAUCACCAAUGAGUGGGGAAGACAGGUUGUCAUCUUCUAAUGAGGAUGAUAAGAAGUCAAAGAAGAAAAUAUGCAAGGUAAAUAAAAAGAAGCAUGGUCAUUCUGAAUCGAGUCCAUCAGAGAUUUUGGAAUUUGAUAGACAUAAAGUAAAGAGUAGAGACAAGCAUUCUUAUUCAUUUGAGAAUUCAAAUAAUGAAAAACAUCAGAGAAGUACAAAGAAAAGACACAAGCAUUCUCGUUCAUAUGAAGAUUCCGAGAUUUGUAGGCAUUACAAAAGGGACAACAGCAGUGACAGGUGUACUAAUUCAUCUGAAGAUUCUGAACCUGACAACCACCAUAGAGAUGUCCAGCGCAGACGCAAGCAUUCUUUUACAGUUGAGGAUUUGUAUCAUGAAAAACAUCAUAGAAGUAGAAAGGUCAGACAGAAGCAUUCUCAUUCAUAUGAAGAUUCCAAAAUUGAUAGGCAUUGGAGAAGGGACAGGAGCAGAGAGAGCUUGAAUAAUUCAUCUGAAGAUUCUGAGCCUGAUAGGCACCUUAGAAGUAUCAAGAGCAGACGCCGGCAUUCUUAUUCAUCUGAAGAUUCUGGCACGAACAGGCAAAACAGAAAUAAAAAGAGCAGGGAUAGGCACUCCUACUCGUAUGUUAAAACCGAAAAUGAGAAACAUCAUAGAAGUAGAAACAGCAGACACAAACACUCGUGUAUCUGAAGAUUCAGUUCUGAGGGGGAUGGUAGAAAGAGGGAUGGCACAAGUGGGCACCCUAUUGUAGUCAACGUCGCCACUAUUGAGUUAUCAACCUCACUGUUAAUCAGAAUUAGAUUUUAUUGUAAAAAGUACUGGCUUAGCAAGUGUUGUGGUGGAAAUGAGAUCUCUACUAAUUGUAAUGACGAGAAGGAAGCGAGUCAACUGACAUCACCGAUUAUCUGUCUCGUGUUCUUGUUGUGGCUUAGCGAGUGUGUUGUUUUAUUUUUGGUAUUCGAAAUAAGAAAAAACAUGUAUGUAAUCAGGCAGCUGCUUUUCUUCUGUAUGCAAGUAUGUAUGUUAUUCA